AUGUUGGCAUACCUUAACUUAUCCGUUGCUGUGGAGUUAGUUAGCAUACCCAGUCGGCUUAUGUCAACUAGCCCCCGAAUACGUAUGCCAACUAACCCCAACACGGCAAAAGUUCACACUUACGUUGGAAAACUUCUAGCGACCCAUGAUUCUAUUGCUGCUGAUGAGGUUCUGAGCGUGUACGGUGAAAUUUUUCGAAAGAAAAAAACCCUCGAAAAAGAAAUGACAGAAAAGUUGUUCAGCUUUUUGCCCGAACCAAACACAUAUGUGACACAACUUCAAGAUACUUCGCAUGGAUUAAGCGUCCAGUUUUAUUUGUAUACCAGGCCAACGUACAUACGUGCUCAACCAUUGGAAAGCGAGAUUGAAGAUCAUCAUGAGUUGGAAUAUAUUGCUCUUUGUCUGCUCAACGGAUCCUUUGUGGACAACAAUUCCUUUAAUAUUAUGCUUAAUUGGGUUGAAUUGAAAGGCAUCCGGAUGAACGACCUUCAAAUAAGAAGCACAUUUGCUUGCUACGAAGAAAAUGUAGUUACGGAAAAAUCAACUGUUAUUCUCAAAUGGCCUUACGCAAAAAUUGGAGAGAUUGCUCUUCCAGAGUCCAUUGAUUCCUCUAAAAAAGGUUUGUCCAUGAUUAGGACUUGCACGGGAGACUUCAGGAGUGGUGCAGAGUGGGGAACCCCUUACGGUGAAUAUGAUAAGCGAGAUAACAGCUUGACAUCACGUCUUAAAAGCUUAUUAAAUGUAAGAAAGUUUUUUUACACCUCUGAGUAA